AUGGUGUUCUUGUCUGUCAUUGAACUAAGAGCGGCAAUUCAGGAGUACAUUGUGAAGCAAAGAGUGCAAAUUCAUUACAUAAAGAAUGAUAAGCAGAGGAUAAGGGCAGGUUGUGUUGGAGAUUGUCCCUGGUUCUUAUUUGCUGCACCUGACAGCAGGACCAAAGCAUGGGUUGUGAAGAAGUAUGUGGGUGAGCAUACAUGUGAAAGAGAGUGGGCACUCAAGCAAUUUACAGCAAGAUAUUUGGCUGGCAAGUAUGUGGAAACAUUUAGAGCAGAUGAGAAGAUGACACUGCAAAACUUUGGCAGACUUGUUCAAUUGGACUACAACAUGCAACCUACUAGAAGUAAGCUAGCUAGAGCAAGGAGGAUUGCACUAAAGAUAAUUCAUGGAGAUGAACUUGAGCAGUAUAAUUUACUGUGGGACUUUGCAGCUGAAAUCAGAAGAUCAAAUCCUGGCAGUACCAUGCUUGUGCAUGCAAACAAUGGAAAGUUUGAUAACUGCUACAUGUCCUUAGAUGCAUGCAAAAGGGGUUUUCUGCUAGCUUGUAGGCCCAUUAUAUGCAUUGAUGGGUGUCACAUUAAGAACAAGUAUGGUGGAGUGAUGCUGACAGCUGUUGGAGUUGAUCCUAACGAUUGUAUCUUUCCCAUUGCAAUUGCCAUAGUAGAAGUGGAAGAUACUGUCACAUGGAAGUGGUUUUUGAACACAUUGAAGGAGGAUCUGAACAUACAAAACACAGCACCAUGGACAUUGAUGAGUGAUAGGCAGAAGGGCUUGAUCAAUGCUGUCAAUGCAAUGUUUCCUGAUGCACAACAUAGAUUUUGUGUGAGGCAUCUGCAUCAAAACUUUGCAAAAAACUGGAAAGGUGAUGUAUUCAAGAAUAAAUUGUGGCAAAUUGCAAGAGCUACACAUGAGGCAGACUGGAAGAAGUACAUGCAAGAGAUGAAAGAGAAAUACUGUAGCAUUAUCUAA